CCACGACGCUACAAAGUACUGAAAAGGGUACAGCGGUACGCAACAGAAGGUAUGGAAGGUGUUGAAGACCCGAUGGCCCAAAUAAGGGCCAAGGUGAAUGAAACUGUUGAGAGUCUCCAAAGGAAAAAGGAGCUCUUGGUAAGCCAUAGAUCACAGUAUGAGGACCUGAAGUUCAAGCUAUUUGACUAUGCGCAGAUGAGUAAAGAGUCUCAUCCACAGAUAACCGUGCAAAUGACCUCGAAGGCGAAGGUGAAAGCACGUGUGGUUGACCCUUCAAAGAUCCUAGUGUUUCUGGGCUGUGAAUACUUUGUUGAGAGGGAUCCGCAGAGUGCCGUUGAUCAAGUUGAGACGAGGUUGAAGUACCUUACACCUGCCAUCCAUGAAUUUGAAACAAAGAUCAAAGAGGCUAAGAAAACCGUAGAGAACAUUGAUACCCUUGUUCAGUAUGAAAGUGAGAGAGAGACAAGCACUGAUGAUCGUGGCGCUCAAAAUGCAAAGAAUGAAGAAGGUUUGGCAUUUAUGGAUAUUAGAGAAGAAUUGGAUGAAGAGGGAAAUGUCAUUAGCAGUUCUGUGAAUCCUCAGGAUGAGAAGAGGUUGCACGACUUUGGUAAAGAACAUGGCGUCGACUCAAAGGCGUCUGAAAUGACAGAGCUGGAAGAGUUAAUGGAAGAUAUGGGCAUUUCUAAAACGCCUGAACCAAAGAUUAAGGAAAUUGAGGAUAUUGCUCAACUACCUGACCUUGGAGCCUCUGAGCUUGUCAAUGAUGCUGUUGAAGAAUUUAUCAAGGAGAGCGUUGUGGAAGAGAAUAUUGAAGAAGUCAUCGAAGAGGUAGACGACACCAAAGAGGUAAAAGACACCACAGGCACCAAAGACAUCAUCGAGUCCACAGAGACCACGGAUGAUGAACCUAAGGAGGAUAAUGAUCAACAUCCAUAUUUUGCACUGUUAAAAGAGAUGGGCAUAAUAUCAAUCACUGAGUCCAAACUUUGUGAUAAAGAUGAUACAACAAAUAGCUCACGUGGAAAUAUCGACAAGAGUGCUUCCUCUGUUGAGGAUGGAGCUAACGAAUAUGAUCCUUCCAAACCAGCAAUAGACCCGGAUGAUAUAUUACAGUUACAAAUCAUUGCUGAUGAAUUCGACGAAGAUGACGUUGAUUUUGACGAUCUAGAGUAUGGGUUUGAUCAAGACGAUUCAACAGAUGAAGAUACCGAUGGUGAUUGGGAUAUUUUAUAUGAGAGUAAAGCUUUGGUUCCUCCUACAAGCAUGGCAUUGUUUAAGAAAGAGCUUGAGAAAAUGAGAAAUGAGAAGACACAAGAAAAAGAAACCAUCAACGAAGCUGUCAUAGAUGAUAUAUUCACCGAAGGUGCAAAAGCAAAGAAGAAGAAAUCUGUCUCUUUUGCCAAAGAACUUCAAAUUAAAGAAGUUGAGAACAUCUCGGAAGAGCUAAAACGGAACCAAAAGGCACAAUCAAAAGUUUCAAAGUUUAAACAGAUGAGAAAUUCAAAGAUACCAAUCUCUGAAACAAACAAAUAUGUCAAAGAAGAUAAGGUAGUCGAAGAAGAAAGUAUAACAUCAGAUAUCGUUGAACGUGAUAUUGUUGAAACUUUCUCUGGCAUCUCUGAAGUGACAGAAAACGGAAAAGAAGCUAAGCCUAAGAGGUUGUCAAAGUUCAAAGCUCAGCAUUCGUUGUUGAAACCUAAAACUAGGGCUCCAACAACGCUAACUUGUAUUUCACCACCAGUCAGCAACGUUGAGGUUGAAAGUGAAUCAACCCCAGAGCUUGAUUUUGAAAGUAUCAAAGCAUAUGUACUGAGAGAUGAAGAUGAAGAAGAUGGCGACUUUACCAGAGAACUUUCUGAAGGAAUAGAGGUUUAUAAUCCAGAAUUAGAUGACGAGGAUUCAAACGAAAUUAAUAUGGAAGAAGAAGAGCAAAAUGAUGAAUUGGAUGAUGGUCCAAUAAUGCUUGAUGAGAUUGUUGAAAAUGAUGAAGUUGAUGAUCCGGAUUAUUAUGUUAAUGAUAACAUCAUUGCGAAGGAAUAUUCGGACCUUCGUAAAAAGAUGUUGGAGAAAUAUGGCGACAAGUCCCAGUCCAAUGAUAAGGAACCAAUUGUUGUCAUUAAGCACCAAGAAGAGAAGAAUGAAUUGGAACCUAUUGACGAACAUGGAAACCCAAUCAAGGUGAGUCGCUUCAAGAAAUCACUCUCAAGACGCUAACUACGUGGGUAAAUGACAUUUAGAGAAUAUGGUAUGCAACAGUGGUAUGGUUUGUGGUUCAUAUUUGCAUCUGAAUAGAUAUCAUGAUAUCCACAUCGAGCUUGGACGUUUGUGAUGAACUGGGGAAAAGCCAUUGAGUGGCCGUGUUGGCGGUGUUCUGUAGUAUGGCUUGGUUUCCGGUUGUUCCUCCGGCACUGCCAGUAUGCUAGAUGUCUGUAAUGGCUUAGGACACUCUCUCCAUGGAUCCAGGGAAGAGUCAAAGUUCUCCUCCACUAUGGAAAAGUCGUCCGAUGAGGUUUCGGAUGGUGAAGUGCUAUCUUCAAG